CCAUGACCACCGUGCUUGAAACCUGCGGCAUCUCCCCUCCGCCCGGCUCCGCCGCCGAUCUCUCGCUGCCUCUCUGCUUCUUCGACAUCAUCUGGCUCCAUUACCAUCCCAUCCGCCGCCUCCUCUUCUACAACCACCCUUGUUCCGAAGCCGAAUUCCUCAACACCAUUGUUCCAAACCUCAAACACUCUCUCUCUCUAACCCUCAAACACUUUCUCCCCGUCGCCGGAAACCUCCUCUACCCUCUCGACACCGACAAAUCCCGCCCCCUAAUCCGCUACGUCUCGGGCGAUUCAACCCCUCUCACGGUCGCCGUCUCCGGCCGCAACUUCGACGACCUCACCGGAAGCCACAUCAAAGAAUCCGACCAGUUCUACGACCUCCUCCCGCCGCUGCCGCCGGCGACCGACGACGGAAAUUACAAAAUUGCCCCUCUCGUCGCCAUGCAGGCGACGCUCUUCCUCGGCCGCGGGAUCUGCGUCGGCGUGACCAAUCACCACUGCCUCGGCGACGCCAGAUCCGUGGCCGGGUUCAUGUCCGCGUGGGCGGACAUCAACCGUCACGGCGGAGACGAGCAGUUCUGCUCGUCUCCGCCGUGUAUUUUCGAGAAAUCCGUUAUGGGAUAUGCGAACGGCGCAGACGAGAAAUACUGGAGCGCGAAGCGAAAGGUCGCUUUCACUGCUCCAUCAAGUUUGCCAGUGCCUAGCGGCAGAGUCAGGGCCGCAUUCACACUCCCCGAGUCCGAUAUUAAAAGGCUAAAAAACCGUGUUUUCUCUGAGAUUCCUGGCCUAGUCAACGUCUCGUCUUUCGUCGUCACGGCGGCGUACGCGUGGAGUGCUUUUGUAAAAUCUGCGGCCGCUGACGAGGUGGACGAGGGCCGGGACGAGGCAUUAAUUAUUCCUGCGGACGCGAGGGGGAGGCCGAACGCGCUUAUUGACCCUCCAGUGCCGGUGAAUUACUUCGGGAAUUGCAUAGGUGGGGCGAUGGUGAGAAUGGAGCGUAAGAGGGUGGCGGCGGACGGCGGAUUUGUGGCGGCAGCGGCGGCGAUAGCUGAUCGGAUAAAAAAUCAGGUGAAUUGCAAAGAUAAUUUCCUAAAAGGAUGGGAGAAUUGGAUGUCGGAAAGGCCAAAUUUCGCGGAGAUGAACAGAUUGGGGGUUUCGGGUUCACCGAAAUUCGAUUUGUUGAAUGCGGAUUUCGGGUGGGGUAAGGGGAGGAGGUUGGAAGUUGUGUCGAUGGAUGAGGAUAAGUAUUCGAUGUCGUUGUGUAACUCAUCGGAUUCCGAGGGGGGUUUGGUGGUUGGAUUGUCGUUGCCUAGAGCCAGAAUGGAGGCUUUUGCAACUAUAUUUCAUGAUGGCCUUAAACAAUGAAGAUUGUGUUCCAACAAACUUGUUCUACAUAGGAUGGGUUGUGCAUGACAACAGACGUGGACUUUAUGGAAUAAAUUGAUUAUUGAGUCUUUCUUUACAUGUAACGCUUUUGGGGUGAGUCAUGAGUACUUUGUCAUGCUUAGUUUUUACUAAUAAAAGUGUUUUCUUUUGAAGUUUUGAUAGUUCAGAAUUUUAAUGGAAAAUUUGGAUGACCAAAGUUGUAUGUUUUGGUGUGGGAAAUUUGAGAAAUGUGGUUAUGACUAAUUUAGAAAUGGGAUUUCAUUGUUUUUGUAUU